ACUCAGAAGAUGAAUCUCUUCCAAUCCAUAACAAGUGCCUUGGACAAUGCUUUAGCCAAAGAUCCGACUGCAGUAGUAUUUGGUGAAGAUGUGGCCUUUGGUGGAGUCUUCAGGUGUACAGUUGGCUUGCGAGACAAAUAUGGUAAAGAUAGAGUUUUCAACACCCCCUUGUGUGAACAAGGAAUUGUUGGUUUUGGUAUUGGAGUUGCUGUUGCAGGUGCUACAGCCAUUGCUGAAAUUCAGUUUGCAGAUUACAUUUUUCCAGCAUUUGAUCAGAUUGUUAACGAAGCAGCAAAAUAUCGUUACCGCUCUGGAGAUCUGUUUAAUUGUGGAAACCUCACCAUCAGAGCCCCCUGGGGAUGUGUGGGUCAUGGUGCACUGUAUCACUCUCAAAGUCCAGAAGCUUUCUUUGCUCACUGUCCAGGAAUAAAGAUUGUUAUUCCAAGGAGUCCUCUUCAGGCCAAAGGACUGCUGCUGUCAUGCAUAGAGGAUAAAAAUCCAUGCAUAUUCUUUGAACCUAAAAUACUUUACAGAGCUGCAGUGGAACAAGUUCCUGUGGAGCCCUACAACAUUCCACUGUCUCAAGCUGAGGUGCUGCAGACGGGCAGUGAUGUGACACUGGUUGCUUGGGGCACUCAGGUACAUGUGAUCAAAGAGGUGGCAGCAAUGGCUCAAGAAAAGCUUGGUGUGUCCUGUGAAGUUAUUGAUCUGAGGACCAUCUUACCCUGGGAUACAGAGACCGUUUGCAAGUCAGUGGCGAAGACUGGGCGAUUGCUGAUUAGCCACGAGGCUCCCUUGACAGGAGGAUUUGCGUCUGAAAUCAGUUCAACAGUUCAGGAGGAAUGCUUUUUGAAUUUAGAAGCUCCUAUUUCAAGAGUAUGUGGCUAUGACACUCCUUUCCCUCACAUCUUUGAACCUUUCUACAUCCCGGACAAAUGGAAAUGCUAUGAUGCUCUUCGAAAAAUGAUUAACUACUGAGCAGUAGUACAGAGAUGAGAAGAGCAAAAGGGAAACGCAGAAGCCACCUUCAAAACUCUUGACACUUUACUCAGUCUUUUGGGUUUGGAAUUCACAUAGCAGACUGUUUUCUCUGAACUCAACUGUCCUUAAUAUUCAUCUUGGCUAUUCUUCAGAAGGUUCAAAUCUUCCUUAAUUAUGAAAUCAGUGAUGGGCAGGUGAUUGCUAUAAUAAGUAGUUUCAGAUGUAUUUAAAGAUAUUCCAGAUGUCGUAUGAAUGUUACACAUUGCCAUGCUUCACUAGGUUACAUCUCUAAACUUCACUGUGUAAAUAUUAGAAGCAGGAUUUUAUUCAAUAAAACAUAUUAU